GAGGAGCGAACUAAAGGCACACUGGGAACGAAAUUAACGGGAGGUCUGACUGCAAGGGGAGGGGGCUCGCGAUCUAAAACGAGAAGAGAUCUCGGGGUCUCAUACUGCGCCAUUCGGCUGCGGUACAUCUCGGCACUCUGUAGCUGCAGCCGGGAGAGGCCUUGCCGCCACCGCUGUCGCCCAGGCCUCCACUGCCGCUGCCACCUCAGCGCCGGCCUCUGCAUCCCCAGCUCCAGCUCCGCUCUGCGCCGCUGCUGCCAUCGCCGCUGCCACCUCCGCAGCCCGGGCCUCCGCCGCCGCCGCCACUCAAGCAUCCGUGAGUCGUUUUCUGCCCAUCUCUGGUCGCGCGGUCUCCGCGGUAGAGUUUGUAGGCUUGCAAGAUGUCAGAAGCAGAUUUUAAAAUGGUCUCGGAACCUGUCGCCCAUGGGGUUGCCGAAGAGGAGAUGGCUAGCUCGACUAGUGAUUCUGGGGAAGAAUCUGACAGCAGUAGCUCUAGCAGCAGCACUAGUGGCAGCAGCAGCGGCAGCAGCACUAGUGGCAGCAGCAGCGGCAGCAGCAGCAGCGGCAGCACUAGCAGCCGCAGCCGCUUGUAUAGAAAGAAGAGGGUACCUGAGCCUUCCAGAAGGGCGCGGCGGGCCCCGUUGGGAACAAAUUUCGUGGAUAGGCUGCCUCAGGCAGUUAAAAAUCGUGUGCAAGCGCUUAGAAACAUUCAAGAUGAAUGUGACAAGGUAGAUACCCUGUUCUUAAAAGCAAUUCAUGAUCUUGAAAGAAAAUAUGCUGAACUCAACAAGCCUCUGUAUGAUAGGCGGUUUCAAAUCAUCAAUGCAGAAUACGAGCCUACAGAAGAAGAAUGUGAAUGGAAUUCAGAGGAUGAGGAGUUCAGCAGUGAUGAGGAGGUGCUGGAUAACACCCCUAGUGAAAUGCCUCCCUUAGAGGGUGAGGAAGAAGAAAACCCUAAAGAAAACCCAGAGGUGAAAGCUGAAGAGAAGGAAGUUCCUAAAGAAAUUCCUGAGGUGAAGGAUGAAGAAAAGGAACUUCCUAAAGAAAUUCCUGAGGUAAAGGCUGAAGAAAAAGCAGAUUCUAAAGACUGUAUGGAGGCAACCCCUGAAGUAAAAGAAGAUCCUAAAGAAGCCCCCCAGGUAAAGGCAGAUGGUAAAGAACAGCCUAAAGCAACAGAGGCUAAGGCAAGGGCUGCAGUAAGAGAGGCUCAUAAAAGAGUUCCUGAGGAAAGGCUUCAGGACAGUGUAGAUCUUAAAAGAGCUAGGAAGGGAAAGCCUAAAAGAGAAGACCCUAAAGGCAUUCCUGACUAUUGGCUGAUUGUUUUAAAGAAUGUUGACAAGCUCGGGCCUAUGAUUCAGAAGUAUGAUGAGCCCAUUCUGAAGUUCUUGUCGGAUGUUAGCCUGAAGUUCUCAAAACCUGGCCAGCCUGUAAGUUACACCUUUGAAUUUCAUUUUCUACCUAAUCCAUACUUCAGAAAUGAGGUGCUGGUGAAGACAUAUAUAAUAAAGUCAAAACCAGAUCACAAUGAUCCCUUCUUUUCUUGGGGAUGGGAAAUUGAAGAUUGCAAAGGCUGCAAGAUAGACUGGAGAAGAGGAAAAGAUGUUACUGUGACAACUACCCAGAGUCGCACAACUGCUACUGGAGAAAUUGAAAUCCAGCCAAGAGUGGUUCCUAAUGCAUCAUUCUUCAAUUUCUUUAGUCCUCCUGAGAUUCCUGUGAUUGGGAAGCUGGAACCACGGGAAGAUGCUAUUCUGGAUGAGGACUUUGAAAUUGGGCAGAUUUUACAUGAUAAUGUCAUCCUGAAAUCAGUCUAUUACUAUACUGGAGAAGUCAAUGGUACCUACUAUCAAUUUGGCAAACAUUAUGGAAACAAGAAAUACAGAAAAUAAGUCAAUCUGAAAGAUUUUUCAAGAAUCUUAAAAUCUCAAGAAGUGAAGCAGAUUCAUACAGCCUUGAAAAAAGUAAAACCCUGACCUGUAACCUGAACACUAUUAUUCCUUAUAGUCAUGUUUUUGUGGUUUCUUGGUAGUCUGUAUUUUAAAAAUUGUCCUAAAAAGUGUCUAAGUGCCAGUUUAUUCUAUCUAGGCUGUUGUAGUAUAAUAUUCUUCAAAAUAUGUAAGCUGUUGUCAAUUAUCUAAAGCAUGUUAGUUUGGUGCUACACAGUGUUGAUUUUUGUGAUGUCCGUUGGUCAUGUUUCUGUUAGACUGUAGCUGUGAAACUGUCAGAAUUGUUAACUGAAACAAAUAUUUGCUUGAAAAAAAAGUUCAUGAAGUACCAAUGCAAGUGUUUUAUUUUUUUCUUUUUUCCAGCCCAGAAGACUAAGAGUUUAAAUCUGCUUGCACUAGCUGUGCCUUCAUUAGUUUGCUAUAGAAAUCCAGUACUUGUAGUAACUAAAACAGUGUAUUUUGAAGUUUGACUGCUUGAAAAAGAUUAGCCUACAUCUAAUGUGAAAAGACCACAUUUGAUUUAACUGAGACAUUGUGUAUGUGACAUAGUGGCCUAUAAAUUUAAUCAUAAUGAUGCUAUUGUUUACCACUGAGGUGUUAAUAUAACAUAGUAUUUUUGAAAAAGUUUCUUCAUCUUAUAUUGUGUAAUUGUAAACUAAAGAUACCGUGUUUUCUUUGUAUUGUGUUCUACCUUCCCUUUCACUGAAAAUGAUCACUUCAUUUGAUACUGUUUUUCAUGUUCUUGUAUUGCAACCUAAAAUAAAUAAAUAUUAAAGUGUGUUACACUAUAAAAA